AUGCCCACCAUUGCCCAACUACGCGCCGAGAUCGAUCGGCUGAACCAAGCGAUGGCGGACCCCACGCGAGUGCCGAGCAACCUGCCGAAGUUCACCGGCAAGCGAGGGGAGGAUGUCCGCGAAUGGCUGUUCCAGAUCGAGAACGCCUGUCGAAUCAACAACAUCCCGAUCGAAGACGCAAGCACCCGACUACCAGGAAUCGCGGGGUCGGCGAUGGAGAAGCCUGCCUCCGGCUGGUUCCUGCACUGGUCGUCGACGACUCGAAGCGAGGAGCACACGUGGGGGAUUUUCCGUGAGCAUGUGCUCCAACACUUCGAGGCAUCGAACUACCAGGCUGUCCUGCGCGAGAAGCUUCAGCGACUCAAGCAGGCAGCAGACAUUGAGACGUACAACGGUGAGUACUCAGCUCUCAUCUUCAGAGUGGAGGGCAUGAGCGUACUCGACCAAGUGCUGUGCUACGCGAACGGUCUCAAGCCUCGCACGCGCAGCUACGUCAAGCUCGAGAACCCCCAGACCCUGAGCGACGCUAUGGACUUGGCUGUCAAGUACGAGGUGACUCACUUCGUCGAAGAAGCUCGCGACCGUCAACCCAAGCGCGACAAGAAGUUCUCGUCGGCUGAUCAACCUCACGCCCAAGGUAAACCCUUCAAGGGGAAGCCGUUCCGCAGGAAAUGCCGCUUCAAGCCGAGAGCUGAGCCCAAAUGCGCCGAGGGUCGUACCUGCUUCCACUGCAAGCAGCCUGGUCACAUCAAGACCAACUGCUUUCUCUGGAAGAAAGAGCAGGAGAAACAGGGAAACGGGCAACCACGUCAGUGA